AUGGAUCUCUGCAUCAGGGACACUGCUGAUAUUGUUGGCGUCAAACCUUCUUCUUCUUGGGCGAAUGUGGCCUUUGCACCCAUGUAUGCCAUUGGAGCUGGUUUUGGGGCACUGCACAUGUUGUUGGUGUCAAACCUCUUCCUGUGGGAGAAUGUGGCCUCUGCACCCACGAAAAGCACCGGAUGUAGCUUUAGUGAAAUGGUCACCGUAGACCUUUUUGAUGAUGUCAUCAUACUGUCUGAACACAUCAAUGCCAUGUCUAAAGAUACAUUCAGGAAAUUUGUGUCCGGUGCCUCCUCAUCGGAAGCUUUUGCUCAAUUUGCAAUAGAACUUACCAGAAAUAAAGAAUUAGUUCUCAGGAAUUUCACCAGCUGCCACACUUCUUCCCUCAAUCCACCAAAAACAAAAGAGGAAGCCAAGAAAAUCACAUUGCCAAACUUUGUGAGAAUGCUACUAAGUAUACUGCAUGCAUGGAAAGACCCUCUGAUCUACAUGGAGACGGAACUCCAGAAUAUGACAUCAGCCCAAUUUCCUACCCUUUUAAGAGUCGACUACAUUAAGAUAAAAAGCCAAAUCCUUUUGGAUCGCAUCGUGGGGAUUGCCAAGAGGGUUAAACAUGGACUUGAAGAAAUUGGAGAGUACCCUGUUUAUACAGAGCUUGCAAUGUUACAGUCAGGCAACAAAGGUUCAAGAUUCUUUGCUCUUUAUAAAUUGAUCUUCUGCCUAUCUGUUGACAUUGAAAAGGUUGAAAAUUAUCUCAAACACUUGAGAUGUGUGUAUUUUGGUGGUUUCAUGUGUGAAGAAUAUGAACGUGGUCUCCCAUGA